AUGUCAAAAAGGGAUUUAUUGAAUAAACUGUCUUUCCAGGAUGUCGAUAAAAUAUUGGAUGAAACAAGGAGGAAGCCAGCAACACGACAAAUGAAUAAAAAAGAGAUGGUCCGAGAUGGAAGUUGUAAUUGUGGAGGUUCUUCAGGCACAGUUGGUACUAGACACCCAAGCGCUAUCGAAAUUCCAUCACGACCAGUAACCAUCGCAAGAUAUGGUAAUAUGAAACAUUGUCAAAACUGCGAAACAGUAGAAGCUACUGAACAUAGUGUGCUUCGAAAAGAAGGUUCAAAACAGCAUAAACAGUCAUUGCAACGCAAAUGUUCAGGAUGGUCUAGUGUGCAAACUUCUAUUAAUGAAAGUAGGGAGGAAACAUUGUCCAAAAAACAAAAGUCAAUUCAACAGCCACUGGGCUUACAAAAGAUCAAGGAAAAACAGAAUCUCUUUUCUCAAUGAAACUUUCGAAAAAAGUAGUUCACUUCGCCAUUGUUUUGGAUAAAUGGGUGGAUAGAAGAUGCGAAUCAUGUAAUGUUCGACUG